AUGGAGUUAGAGUCUAAUUCACUGGAGGUAACUUUUCAUGCGUUUGUCUGCUUCUCUUUUCGUAAUAUUACAUGAGGUCCUUGUCUUUCUGUCUGUUCGGAUUACUGGGGACGCUCUUGGAGCCGUUCUAUAUCUUAGGAUUGGACUACAAUGGAAUGUACUGGAUACCACUGGCACUGGAUUUGUUCGAUUUGAUCAUAAUCUACUGGCUUUUUGCAUCUUUUGUUUGCUCGUAAAGGCCAUUCGAUUAAGUUACCUCAAAAGUUACGAUUUCGCGUAACUUUUGAGGUAUUUUCAAUUUCUAUGUUAUUCUUACGCUGCUCAAAAGUUACGUGAAAUCGUGGCUACGCGAUGAAAUUGCUGGUCUCUUAGAUCUUCAUACUCCCUGUGCGGCAUAAAGUGUUGCAUCAGAAUUUUGUCGGAUAUUUAUGAGGAGUAGAUUGAUAUUGUUUUCAACUGUGUACGGAUGCGAGUGUUUGGAACAUAGCCAGAACGCAGUUAUGAUUUUGUCUGGGGGCCUGGACUCGUUUCUGGGUUAAGUACGCUGGUUUCUAUGACGUGUCUUGCUAUUUUUUCCAAAUAGAUUGUCUAUAAGGGUUUUGUGCCAAAGGAGUUUUUUGUUGCUUUUGUUCCAUUUUUCUUAAGGUACAAUCGCAUUAGAUUUUAUACGUGGGGCCGAUUAAACUUUGAUCUCUAUGAUAGACUUUGUGAUUUUGGAUGAACGGUAAUCCUGAUCCAGAGUUUUAUUUCCUCAAUUGGUUUUGUUUUUGGUGUUGCUUCCCAUUAACUGCGUGAGACGUAAAGCAUCCUCUUUUUUGCAUCUGAUUCUGAUAACACUAGUAUCGUCAGAUUUCACUACCGGAAUUAGUAUAAUUCAUUUUGGAAUUUGACUAUCUAGUGUUUUUUUUUAAUUCCAUAAUUUAUCGUUGCAUCAUUUUACAUUACGAAAACAUAGCCAGGGAUGUGUUGUUUCUUAAAUUGUUUUGUUUGAUGGUGGAUUGGAUCACAUACUCAUUAAUGUUAAUAAAGGGAGAGAUGUACAUGUAUUGUCUCUUGGAUACCGUAAUAGAGCAUCUAGAUAGUGUAUAUGUUGGUCGCGACUCCCAUACCAAGCCAUUGCAAACAAAGCACAAUUCUCUACCCGACUUCAACUGGUCUUAGCCCUUCUGAAAAACUAACAUAGUUUAAACUGUUUUUUGACAGAAAGAGCAGGUUAAAGGCGCAGGUCAAGGACAACCAUCUCCGUAUGCAUCUGCAACACCUGGGCAUCAGCCUUGGACCUUAACACCCGGGUCCGCUGGAGUAGAAUGGAACUCUUACAGGACAGAUAAUGGCUCCGUUGAAAAUGGUAUACCUUCAAUUUCUAGCUACCACGAUGAUCAGCAAACCAAAAAUACAGCUGCCUUUCAGGAUGGGAGAAAUGUUGUAUCUUAUGCAUCAAGUGUUGGAGCGAACACAUCACAUGAUUAUUCUGCUUAUAUAACAAACCAGAAUUCGACUGACCCUUAUCCAUAUCAAUAUCAAAGUCAAUACUAUGGUUAUCAACAUUCAUCCAAUGAUUCUUCUCAUCAGCAAGUGGGAGUAGUUCAAAACACAGGUGCUCCUUAUCAGCCUCUUAGCUCAUUUCAGAAUGCAAGCUCUUAUGUGGGUCCUACGAGUUAUUCAAGCACUUACUACAAUCCUGGUGAUUAUCAGACAACAGCAGGAUACCAGCCAGCAGCAGCAGGGUACCAGAGCAGUGACUAUAACAAUCAGACAAACUUGUGGAACGAUGGAAAUUACGUGCCUCAUCAGUAUUCGAAUUAUUCGUUACCUGAUGCAAAUGCUGGGCAAUGUAGUAGCACAGCAACUGUGGAUGCUGCCCAUUACCAGCAACAAUAUGGUCAGUGGGCUGGCUAUUACAGUCAGACGGCAUCAGAUGUUAUGUGUGCCCCUGGUACAGAGCACGUAGCUCUUACCUCAGUUUCUGCUGAGAGUUCAGUCCCAGAUUUUAAUCCAGGGUAUCCUGUGGUGAACAGCCAGCCACCACCACCAGGUACCACGUCAUGGGGACGAGAUACCACCUCCUCUGGUUUUCCUUCCCUGCAGGUUAGUUUCUCGUUGGAUCCGCCCAAUGAAAAUUGUUGCCACCUUCUGGUAGGCAUGCAUUAAUGUAUACUUCUUGAGGCAAUACUGAAAAUUCGCAACAUUUCAUCAUUUCGUAAAUUGUUUACUCUGGCCAGGCUGGAGUCCGGCUUGCCAUGUUUUUUAUGGGUUAAUUUUUAGUCCUUGCCCAGAAGCUUGGAUAUUCAUCUGCCAUCUGGCCACAAGAACUGAGAACUUUCCCCAUCCCAUCCAAUUCCCCUCUCACUCCCCCUCCACUUUCUCCCUCCCUCUCCCCUUACUCCCCGCUUGCCUGUGUACAUCCUUUCUCGCUUCUCCCAGCUAACUGUAUGAUUUCUGGUUCUCGACCUUUUUCUGAGAAAUAACGAUAUUCAGGAAAACUUUGUGAGGUCAUUUAUGGUUGCAGAACCCUACUUGAUAUUUUCCCCUCCAUUUGCAUGAUACGUAGAAAAUCGGUUUUUGUCCUCUUUAUGCUUAGAACUCUAUCUUCUUGGUGCUUCCAUGAAUGACAGUUACAGUUAUCAAAUUUAUUGUGCCUUUUUUUCUUUUCUUGUUGCAGGGAAAGGAUGUGGCAGGAUAUAGCCAAAAUAGUAAUUGGCAAAACGGGCCUCUUGUCUUCGCUAAACAGCAUGGGAGUCAAGCACCCUUACAUUUUCAACAGACAUUGGGUUCAACUCCUCCCUCGUAUGCCAACAUGGAAGAACAACAGAAGAUGGCGCAUGCUCAAGGCUCACAUGUGCGGUUUCCAUCUUCUAAUCAAGUUCCACAGAAUUUUCGGCCAGCUUUGAAUCCCUUGCCAACAUUGGAAGCACUUCGGGCAAGCAAAAUUCAGAUUCCAACAAAUCCUAGAAUUGCUACAAAUUUGGCGUUGUCCAUUCCAAAGAUGGAUAAGGAGAGCUCCGCAAGGGAUGCCGCCUCAACACCUGCGUACAUCAAUGUUUCAUCAUCGAAGCCCAGUAGCAAACUGUCCUCUCAUGAUUCUGCAGAGAGUCUGACGAAGGUUAGAUUUCUUCUGUUUAUUUCUAUAUGCAUUUUAGACCGACAAGUUUUCACCACCUCCCUUCAUUGUGAAUGCCUUGCCUACGUGUUGUAUUGUCAUUUUUACUAUUUAUAUUGGGUACUAGAUUAUUUUUCAGAAGGUUUAGUUUGGUAAUGCUCAUUCUUUUAAUGUUCAAGUUUGAAUGAAGACAUGCAUUUUUUGAGAUCCGAUCCACUUCCUAGAAGAAAGAAUGUAUUGUUAACAAGCACUGCACAAUCGUAAUCUCGGAAUUCAAGACCUUGUUUCAUUCUUUGCCAUUGACGUGGCAAACACUUGAGUUUGACACCAGUUGCUCCUUUCUGUUAUCCUUAUGUUGUGCGCCUUUGUCUUACGCAUUGUACUACCAUUGCUUCUAGUUUUUUCUUUCCUUCAGUUUUUUCCGGGUUUAGCUUGUAUCCAAGUUUCUUAUCAGGAGUUCCUUGGUGCUGUUGGGUUUUCUUUGUUGAUUUCUUCCUUUCAUCAGAUUUUGGAUUACGAUUUUAAGGAGAAAAUCACAUAAUAUUUUAGAUUUAUUUCUGAGAAAGUUCUAGUGACAUUUUUUAGAUUUUAUUUCUCUGUAUCCAUCUAUUCAUCUAUCAAUUUUAAUGUAACUACGAUUAACUAAAACUUUACUGGGCGUUUCAGCAGUUUAAUUAAUUAAUUAAUUAAUUCAAUUAUUCAUAAUGCAAUUAUUCCUAUAAUCCUCGUUUCCAAAUGAUGGACGGCAUUUUUUUUCCUGUACUUAAAACUUUUACAAGAUAGCAGUUGUUGAAAUUUCCUAAUGGAAAUUUUAGCCUCGCAUGAUAUCCAUGACAUGUUUGUCGGCAAAUUUCAAUAUUUGAUGUUUUGCAACAUGAUAUACCUUAGUCAUGUAUUGCUUCAUUAUUUUAUGAGAGAUUGUGGUUUUAUAUCGCCAAUAUAGUGAUUCCUAUCAUGGUUAAAUUCAAGAGAUAGCAUGGGAAAUGGCUGCGGGGAUUUGUCAUUUUCUGUAGAAGGAAAGCACAAAUAAUUGUCUAUCUAAUUCUUUUCGUGGCAUGCUUAUAGAAUAUUUGCAAUGACACUUUUUGGGGCCUUAGAAUCUUACUUUAUUUUCUAGUUAAAAUUUCUCUUCGUUGGAACAUCACUGUAUUGUUAGGGCUGUCUGCCUAGUUUGUCAAUGAGCAGAAUAAUCUUCAAGUAGUCUUUCAAAACAUCAGCUGGUUGUCAAGCGACGUUUUUAUUUUUAUUUUCAAGUUUUAUAUUUGAUCUGAUAUGGCCACUCGGGCCGUGGAAACCAUUCCAGAUGUGUGUCAUACAGUUUCCUGCCGUUGUGGUUGGGUCCUGGAAGUUUAUGUUUGCAAACACGCUUUUUAUUUUUUGAUGAGGAUGUAACUUGAAAUUUCUUUGCCUUCAUGGAAACGUAUUAAGCUUUUUGUUUUGGAAAUCAAUGCAAGAUAGUAGGAUUGAAGCCUUGAUAGAUAAGCGCCUUUCUCUCUCUCUCUCUCUCUCUCUCUCUCUCUCUCUCUCUCUCCAUACCCUCCACCUUUUUUCCCCACUUAUUUUUCAGUUUCAAAAUUCUUUGAUACCUAUCACUAAGUGUACUGUCUUUUUCGCUUCUUUAUGGUGUGUGAAAUACCUAUCAUCCAAAGAAUGUAUUUUCAUGUAAGCUUUUAAUGGAGGAUUGACCGAGACAAUACAGUACUAAUUACAAAAUGUGGGGAGCAAGUUGUUCCCUUUCUUAAUUAUGUUGGUGGAAAUUAUCAAGUGCUCAGGGCGCUCUUUUUCUCCUCUUCCAAGCUUUAAUUUCUUCUGGUCCCUGUACUGUUUGCAGCAGGAUUUCUUCCCUCCAUCCAUCCGUGCAUAUGUUGAGAGGUCAUUUGCUCGUUGCAGGGAUGACGCACAGAGGUUAUCAAACCAGAAUUUACUGAAGGAGGUGAGAGAUAUUUAUUUUGGGUUAGAGGCAAACGAAGUUUGCUCAAUACAAUGAUCUAAUGUUAAUUCCAAUUGUAAGAUGUUUUCUUGGGGAAUAUAACUUUCCAAAAAAGAGAAGGAAUUCAAAUAAAAUCUGAUUGUUCCUAUAUAAAACUUUUUAUUGUCUUGCAUAAGCUCGGUUCUUCCCUUAUCUGUACUAUUAGUUUAUGUAAUGCACAUAAUUAUCUCUUAUAUUAUGAUAUUUAAUACAAAUACCUGUUCAAUAUAAGUUCAAGUCUAUCUGGGACUAUGAUCCUUACAGAUAGAAAAACAUUUAAAAUGUUGUGUGGUAGAUAGGUUAAUGUGAUAUAGAUAGCUGUGGUUUUUGAACUCCUUUCCCCAGGGUGUUUUCUUUUCCUCAUUGUAAAGGUCAUACUUCCUCUUUGAUAUAACCUUCUCAAGUGAAGCACCAUUACUGUCCCAUUGUUAAGUGCAUCUCUUCUGCUUCCAAUUAAAUCUCCCUUCCUAUCCAGCCUUGGCAUUUUGUAUAUUCUAUUAUCUUGUAUAAUCUUUUUGUAGUUCCUGUCUAGUCCUUUCUCUGUAAGAAAUUUUACUGUCCAUUCUUUAUCUUUCUAGAAAUCUCACACUCGUAUUUGAUCCAAGACUAUCAACUUGUAAUGUUGCCCAUGGCCUCUCUGUUGAAAUGGAGAAAAAAACCUCGUCACGAAGGACAGGGGAGAACGGCGGAAACCGCCUCUAGAUUCAUUCAACUCUAACCCUCAUUAUAUAGGGAGUAACAAUACACAACUUUUGCAAAAAUACCCUCAAUUUAUUACACUAUUUCCCUACGACCUAGAACUUCCAAGACCUUCAAAGCCAAAUUUUGUCCAGCGGGAAAAUGUCAUUCAAUGAAUUCUUGUUAUCAUUUUUUUUUAAGAAGCAUGCAAUUCCAAGUAAUUUUUGAAAACAACCAGGAGAUAGAUUUGUGAAAUGCUCUUCCGACUCUAAUGAAAUCAAAUCCUACCCAGUUGAAAAGAAUGAGGGGCACUCGUAAACUGGUUUGGACGUGGCAUGAUAGGAAUGAGUAUUAAUGAACUGGUUCUUCAUGUAGCGACUGCUCUUGGGCCAUCGUCUAGGAUCCUGUGACUCACUUCUUCUGCCAGGGACGUCUCUUUGCCAUGUCAAAUGGAUACCAUGACAUCCUAUUUUCCUUGCAAAAAAGCGACUUUCUGCCCCAGCAUGCCACACUAUGCUUGCCAUUUCUAAUUUGCCUUCUGUUAUUCUAUAAUAGGUAUAUCCCCCACAAUCAUAAAGAAAAACUCAUUUUCUUUUUCAUUUGUUUUUUAUACAUCCCUUAAGGUAGUGGCAAAUCAAAAUUUGGCAAUUUAUAACCACGAAAGGCUUAAUUUCUUCCAAUACCAUUGUCUUUGUUGUAGUACGAUUUUUCUGCUUCCUAUCUGCAGUAUUAUCACUCAUUUUCUUAAAUGUAUACCUUCCUCGGUUAGAUACUGUCUCCUUUUUGUUCUAUAACGGUGGAACCUAUUUACAAUAAAAAAACAGCUUUGUUUUUAUUCAGUGAACUAUUAACUUGCCUUUGGCCAUCUCUUAUUUGCUGAGAAAAACGUAUUUAAUUAGUGGUAUCUACUCUUCGCUUAAUUUUGGUCAUUUCCCAUAUCUUUUAGACCUAGCGACUUUAAUGUUUUGUUCCAGGUGACAUUUACCUGAAAUACACAGUAGACAGUGAACUUGCUUCUUCUUCUCCUGUGACAUUUACCUGAAAUACACAGUAGCCAUAAGGGUUGAUCAUCAUUAGAAAUCAUUUACAGCCAACAUGAAAUGUUCCGGGUUCCUUAGAUUUUUAAUUUCCUUUUUUAUAGUUUCUUCUUAACUUUGUUCCAUCUUUCUUUUGGUUUUUUAUCUGCUACAGAUCAUUACCAAGGCAUCUACUGAUGGAACGCUCUUCACCCUAGAUUGGGAUACUGAGCCUCUUUUUCCCUUGCCAACUACAAGUUUUGAUGCUCGAAACAAAGGGUGCGACCACUUUUUUUCCCUGUAACAUCUAUGAAAUAUUUCUUCUCCGCGUUUAGCUAAAUUGUUGCAGAGGGAACAAUUAUGUUUCUCUUCUAAUUAUUUUUUUGCAACUUAAAUAUUUUAUGCAGAAUGUAGAGUUAUUUGAAAAAGUAGUUUUAAGGUCUACAUUAUUACCUUUUGCAUUAAUAAUAUUGGUUAAUAAUCCACCAUGUAGAAAACAACUGUUUGUUCUUUUUGUCAAUCAUAAGAGCUUUUGUUGGUCUUUUAAAACCCUUUGUUUGUUCAUUCUUUUGAAGCAUCUCUUUAGCAGGUAUGGCAGUUUGGGAAAUACUACCAUGUGUAAGAUUAAGUUUAUCUUUAUCUUUACAGUAUCAGUUUAGCAUUGUCUUAAAUGUUCCAAUGCUAUGUAAAACCAGCUGGGCCAAUAUUUCGCAUCAUGACUUGGAAGUGAAAAGACAGUGCAAAUAUCAUUUUAUCGGUCUAUGUGUGCUGUUAUCUCUCAUUAACAUGCUCAUUUUUUUUCCACUAGUCUGAAAAUAUUGUAUGCUUGUGCACAAAUAAUGUGGGUAUUUUAGUAUUUAAUGUUUAUACACGUAAUUGCAUGAAAGAAAUCACAUUUAUGGCAUCUUUCUUGAAAGCAGAAUAGAUGGAGGAUUCUAUUGAUGCCAUUUGCUCACUGAGAUAUUUGUAUACAUCCUUGUUAUCUAUUUUUACACUUCGUUUAUAUUUUACAGCAGUCCGCAAACGUCUGUCAGUCUUUCCCCAUUGCAUAAGUUGAGACGGAGCCCUAGUAGGCGAACCAAGAGUCGGUGGGAGCCUGUUGUAGAAGAAAAGGUGGUUGACAAGGUUGCCCAUUUGACUCAUGUUUCAGUUGACAAUACCAGUUUUAAUCGUUUUAGAACUGAAAAGGUGGUAAAUUUUCUGUUCUCUUUUAUUCAGUUGUUCAUUACUUAUUUAUUUUUUCAACCCUGAUUUAGAUUUACUUUUGGCAGAAACAAAAAACUCUCUGUAUGCCAUCCCCAUGACUUGUGUCUGCUUCUUUAGCUUCUUCUAGCUCGUUGUAUUUGGUGAAACUGACGCUGUCUCUCUGCAGUCUGAUGUUGCAAGGUAUGAGAGCAAGGGAAAUGGUUGGAACAACACGAAGUUUGUGUCGUCUCAACAGACCUCUUCAAAUAGAAACGUCCAGAGACCAGCUAAAAAGCCACGAUUUUCCGAUUCAGAUGCAGUCCAAAAUGGUAGUGUUUCUAGUGAUAGCGACAAAGAUCAGGAUUUAACCAAGUAUCAUUCUAGUGCAAUUUCUCUAGCUAAUUCACCCGAGGAGAGAAAAAAACGAGAGCAUAGGAGCAAACGUUUUGAAAAAGGUCAGGAGCGUCUGGCAGAACAGAAGAAUUAUCAACCUAAAGCUCUUCGUCAAGGGGGUGGACGUAAUAGAAGGUCAAAUAUCCCGUUGAUUUUGAAAAAUGAAGAUGGUCCCAAACGGGCCGUGGAAGAUAUUGAUUGGGAUUCCUUUACCGUCAAGGGUACUUGUCAAGAAAUCGAGAAACGCUACUUACGUCUUACGUCAGCACCUGAUCCGUCCACUGUGAGUACUCUGUUGUUCAUUUUUGCUCCGCUCUUUCGACCCCCCUGUUGCUCGGAUUUCUAUAUGCUAUAGGCGCUCUUGAAUAUCUGGGUUUCCUCGAAGAGGAAACAAGUUUUUUGUUCCUUUCCAGGAAUCUCGUUCUAAUUUAGGAGAAAUUACAGGUUAGACCAGAGGACGUGUUAGAGAAAGCACUCGCGAUGGUGCAGAGCACUUCGAAGAAUUAUUUAUACAAAUGUGAUCAGUUGAAAUCCAUCCGUCAGGACCUGACUGUGCAGCGUAUACGUAACGAGCUUACUGUGAAGGUCUUCUUUCAUUGUUUUUGGGCCACUUCAACUUGGUGUUUUCUUUCUGUCAUAAAACAUCACCUCUUCUUUACUCGUUGUUAAUGGCUUCCCUCGUCUGUUCUAGGUUUAUGAAACCCAUGCACGGUUUGCAUUGGAGGCUGGGGACAUGCCGGAGUACAAUCAGGUUGGUCUUGCUUUCUUCUACUCGAUUUGCACAAAUCUCAUCAUGCAGGUCCGAACCGGUUUUGGAGAUUUCUCUGUCUGGCCUCGAAUCGAAAAGUAACUGAUCACGGUUCAAACCUUCUGUGCACUUGAAUUAUCCAGCACGCAGAAAGUAAAGAUUUUUCAGUCAAGGAUGUGGUGAAAUUGAUAAGCCUGCAACUUUGAAACGUUUUUUAGUCAGAAAGGACGUCUUUUUUAACCAAGUUGCAGCGAUUUUUCUGGUUUCCAUAGCUCAUCUCUCUGUUCAUCUCUCUACGCAUACCGAAUUGAGUAUCUGGCAUUUUCCAAUAUACUGUUUUUACAGAAAAGACAGUUGUGUCUUAACGUGUGCAUGACGACUGGAGGGUUCAUGUCAAUAACUGCCUUGAUUUUGUGGCUUGAGAUGAGGCGAAGACAGCCUCAAACCCACCCUUCUCUUCAAUCUUUGCGCUUGGUUAUAAACCUUUCUAUAUUUUCUGUGCACGUCCAGUGCCAGUCUCAGCUAAAGACCCUCUACGCGGAAGGGAUCAAGGGAUGCAACUUCGAGUUUUCUGCGUACAAUUUACUCUGCGUUAUCCUGCAUUCCAGCAACAACAGAGAACUUUUAUCCUCAAUGGGAAGGUAUUGACAUUACUUGGCCUUCCCCUGUGCUCUUCCCCUGAUACAUAGAUAUAUAUAUAUAUAUAUAUUUACCCCAUAUUCUAUAGUAUUCCUUUCAUGAUUUUCUGAUUGAGUUUCUAGCUUUGGUCCGAUCGGUGGAACCAGACCUUCUGGGCCGGAAUGCUUGGAAGAAGAUUAUUCCAUAACCAGAGCUAUUGACAUUACUUUGGCUUCUCCUGUUCUCUUCCCCUGAUAUACGGCAUAUUCCAUGGUUUUCCUUUCAUGAUUUUUUUGAUUGAGUUCGAGCUUUGGCCCGAUCGGUGGAGCCAGAGCUCCUGGGUCGGAAUGCUCGGCAAAAGAUUCGGCUUUAUGCCCGCUCAUGAAUGAUCUUGGCGGGGCUUGUUUCUCUUCAGGCUAUCUCCCGAGGCCAAGAGGGACGAGACCGUGAAGCAUGCUCUCCAAGUGCGGUCAGCCGUCACUUCCGGAAACUACGUCCUCUUCUUCAGAUUGUACAAGAAGGCUCCUAACCUGAGCACCUGUAUCAUGGGUACGCCGCUCAUCCUCAGAUAAUUAAUCACAUGCCCUCUCCAAACGAUGAAACGACCAACUUCUGCGCCGCAGACCUGCACGUGGAGAAGAUGCGGUACGAGGCCGUGAAGUGCAUGUCCAAGUCCUAUCGACCCACCGUCCCCGUCGCGUUCGUCGCCCAAGUUCUCGGCUUCUCCUCGGAGGACGCCGACGGCAAGGACGCCGGGGGUGUGGAGGACUGCGCGGAAUGGUUGAGGGCGCACGGCGCCACCAUCACCGUCGACGGCAACGGGGAGAUGCUCCUCGAUUCUAAGGUAACCGACCAUUGACCCCUCCGAAGCGCCCCACCUCCUCCGAUUGUCCCUCUCCGUGCCUCAGACCCCUGGGUUUUUCUCCUGUUGCAGGUGACGUCCUCCGGCCUGUACAUGCCGGAGCCAGAGGACGCCGUCGCCCACGGCGACUCCAACCUCGCCGUGGACGACUUCUUGGCCCGGGCAGCUCCCUGA